GGUUCAUUUUCAAAUCAUCAUUUUGUACAACCAUCAAACCAUUUUAGUUGUUUGUUGUAAUCAUCGAAACAAAAUGAAAUUUUCACUUUGUCUUUUCAUUAUUGUUUCUGCAUUGAUGGAAUUUGUUUUGAGUGCACCGAAUCCACUUUUAAUAAGACAAUCUUUGCUUGAUCCAGCCACUGCAAUGGCAGCAUUUACACCGACUAUUAAUUCUGCUCAAUCAUUUCCGACAUCUUUAUUUUCACUUUAUAAAAAUGGAUUAUUUGGAUUAAAUUUUCCAUUAAUUUCAUUAAUUACAGCUGGAACAGCAGCAGCACCGGUUUUUUCAUUGCCACCACCGCUACCACUAACAACAACAACAGCAGCAGAAGCAACAACAUUGCCGGUUGAUCCAACUCUAUUACCAGAAGCUUUAUCAGCGGUUGGUUCAUUGAUUGAAUCAUUGACUGGAAAUAUAUCACCAGUUGAUCCAUCAACUACAGCUACAUCACCAGCUGCUGAUCAAUCAACACCAGGUGAAUUACCGGAUUUCAAUUUUUUGCAGAUUCUCAACAAUUUGUUGCAACUUUAUAAAACUUUUCAGAAUUAUUUUUAGAAAUAUUAUAUGGAAAAUAAUUUUUGACACAA